ACGAUUCGGUAUCUUUUCAACGUUGGGGUCUUGGAAGGAGACAACUUUACAACUGCAAGCAUAAAAUUUCUUCCUUUACAAAUAUUUUCGUUUCGUAACGAAAGAAAUUUCAGGGAAUAGCAUAGAACAUAGAAACGCAAGGUAUCUGAAUUGUAGAAAAAUUAUAAAAUAAAAAUGGGCGAGGAAGAGAGAAAGAAGAGGGUGGUGGUGGAGUCGUUAGGAUGGCUAACCGAAUCCUCCAUCAUGCCCAAGAAACACCGCGCCAUCGAAGGCGUCGGCGCUUCUUCAAUCCUAGAACUCAAAGCCCAACUCUACAAAUCCCAAGAAGAAUCGAAGAAAUCCAAGGAAUUGAGCGGUCCCGAUGUCGAGUACCACCGCGCCAAGACAAAGAUCGCCCCACACGAUACCUUCUCCCUCAAGAACUCCGGCGUCGAAGCCCGCGCCCUCAAGGACAAGCUUGAGCUGAAAGCGGUUAAUGAUGGAUCAGUCAGCUACGCGGCAUUGGAGAAGAAAGCAGAGUUAUAUGAUAAGCUAGUGAGAGGAGAGUUGUCGGAUGAGGAAGAUAAAGAGAAGUAUUGUGUUGACUUUUUCAGGAAGGGUAUUGACCAGGAGGAAUCCCAGCAGCCGCAAGUUGAUCGUGCUUCGGAUAAUGUACAGGCAGGAGAUGAAGACGGUGGCAGUGAUGGUGGACCUUCAUUGUUUAACACUAAAUUUGUAGGGCCGGGAAGAACCGCUGGAAUCAUAGACAAUGAUGAGCAUAAGCGUUUUGUAAGGGAAGUUCAUGAAGAAGCAAAUCAAGCGAGGGAAAAGGUGUCUGAGCUUAAAUUGCGAAGGCAAGAGCAAGCAGCAGCUCGUCGUGAGAAACUCAGGCAGGCCUAUCUUCGGAAACAACUAGAGAAACUGAAGGCUGCUUCAAAAACAGAACAGACUUGACUGGGAUAGCUAGAAAGGAGAUUGGUGCAUUAUUUUAUUAGCAAGGAUCAGGCUGUAAGCUUGAGUAGCUGCCUUAUUUCUGAGCUCAAGCAUAUCUGCAUAUGACAGGCUUCGUCAUUGCUUAUAUCUGCAAUGACGAAAGGAUGGAUUUUUCUCGAGCACUCUUUCUGAAACUCUCUUAUUGUUGACUAACUACUAUUGAUUUUCUCUUUUAUACAUAACAGUUUUGACAAUACAAAUGAACACCAGGUUUGCUCGCUAGAAUAGAAUUAUUCCCAAUAUCAUUCUUCUCACAGAUAUGGCCAUUGUAGUUGAACCAUCCCCAUUUAUCUAUCCAAUGUGGUUGCUCUGUGGUCUUGAGGCCGCCCUUGCUGUCAAAA